AUGCCAGAACGAAGACCGCAUUCCAUCCUGGGUGUCUCAAAAGAUGCGUCAGAAGCAGAAAUAAAGGCCGCGUAUCACAAAGCUGCCAAGAAAUACCACCCGGACAAGCAGACGAGCACGCAAGACAAGGAAAAGGCGAAUCAAUUGUUCAGCCAAGUCAAUGAAGCGUACGAAUCCUUGAUGAGCCAAUUUCACAGUUCUUACGGCGACGAAGGACGAGAAGGUGAGCAAGAUUUGGCUGGUGAGCCUCCCUCACGCAAUAGACCCAAGGAAGGAUGCAAGAAGGUCCGCAAGCGUUCCAGCACGGGUCGUUCCAAUCUCAGUAACUCUCAAAGAAGUAGUGAGAGUGCUGGCGAAAAUCAAAAGCCAUCAUCGUUUUCACGACAGCCUGGCCCCGAAUCUUCUCCUAGGGGACAUCGACGAGCUAGCAGUGCGUCCAAUUCUCCUGCUUCAAAUCACAGCAAGAGAUCCAUCCGAAUGUCUCGCUCCAAUAUGGUAAGCCCUGUCCCCAAAUCACCCUCGGCCAAAAAGAGCGUCCGCGACAGCAUUCGUAGCAAGUCGCCACAUGCUACGAGUUCCGGUACGCCAAGACAACGACCACGACCUGUUCAACGGAACUCUUCGACUCCUUCCCGUCACUCCUCUGGGCCCGCCUUGGGUGCUUCGGCUGGCGCAGCUUCUGCUCCUCAUCGACGCAGUCGCAGCUCCUUGGUUGGCGGUGCACCUCCUCCCAAACCACCUUUGGAUUCUCCUGUGGUCACGCGCAAGAAGCACAGUCCUAUGAACAGUCCAGCCUCUCCUCAUGGUCAUCGGCGGGUUGGAAGUAUGAGAGUCAACCACAAUCGACCCUCGUCCUUUCGUACCAACGGAGAUGCUUCGCUCUCGCCACUCCGCACCAAAAAGAGUCCGGUCCAUGCCAGGCACGGCAGUUUUGGAUCUUUGAAUUUCCAUGCCAAUAUCGCUCCGCCUCCGCCUAGUAUGCCAGCUCUAAGUCCCACUGCUACCAAGUCACUCAAAAAGGCCAAGGCACCACCGCCGCCCCAAAGCACCUUGCAACGCUUGUCGGUCAAAUUGACGAGCCGCAACGAACUCAAGGCGGAGAAGAAGGCGAGGGCAGAAAAGUUGAUGCAAUAA